AUGCGGCUAACGUUGCUACUCGUAUUUUUCCUCAUACUGGGCGUCAUAGCUCAAGUCUACGGUCGACCCCAAGAAAUAUCACCAAGUGAUGAUAGAAUUCGUAUCCCGGACCCAAACUGUAUUAGGGACCAUCAGCUGCUACCUCACGAAUACGACUGUACCAAGUUCUAUUACUGCGAAGAUGGAUACCGUCACAUAAAGCCCACAGAUUGUGCUCCCGGAACUGAGUUUUCGGAAACAUUGGAGGUGUGCGUACAUUCUGCAUCAGCUCAAUGUACUUUACCCGGAGUAUCACCAGAAACAACAACAAGUGCCCCAACUUCUACUACUAGGACUACUACAACGCCAGCCCCAACUACAACAAAUACUACUACUACUACAACGCCAGCCCCAACUACAACAAAUACUACUACUACAGUAAAUACUACUACUACAACGCUAGCCCCAACUACAACAAAUACUCCUACGACAGCAAAUACUACUACUACAACGCCAGCCCCAACUACAACAAAUACUGCUACUACUACAACGCAAGCCCCAACUACAACAAAUACUACUACGACAGCAAAUAUUACUACUACAACGCUAGCCCCAACUACAACAAAUACUCCUACGACAGCAAAUACUACUACUACAACGCCAGCCCCAACUACAACAAAUACUACUACGACAGCAAAUAUUACAACUACAACGCCAGCUCCAACUAAAACAAACACUACUACUACUACAACGCCAGCCCCAACUACAACAAAUACUACUACUACUACAACGCCAGCCCCAACUACAACAAAUACUACUACGACAGCAAAUAUUACUACUACAACGCCAGCCCCAACUACAACAAAUACUACUACUACUACAACGCCAGCCCCAACUACAACAAAUACUACUACUACAGUAAAUACUACUACUACAACGCUAGCCCCAACUACAACAAAUACUCCUACGACAGCAAAUACUACUACUACAACGCCAGCCCCAACUACAACAAAUACUGCUACUACUACAACGCAAGCCCCAACUACAACAAAUACUACUACGACAGCAAAUAUUACUACUACAACGCUAGCCCCAACUACAACAAAUACUCCUACGACAGCAAAUACUACUACUACAACGCCAGCCCCAACUACAACAAAUACUACUACUACUACAACGCCAGCCCCAACUACAACAAAUACUACUACGACAACAAAUAUUACUACUACAACGCUAGCCCCAACUACAACAAAUACUCCUACGACAGCAAAUACUACUACUACAACGCCAGCCCCAACUACAACAAAUACUACUACUACUACAACGCCAGCCCCAACUACAACAAAUACUACUACUACUACAACGCCAGCCCCAACUACAACAAAUACUACUACUACAGCAAAUAUUACUACUACAACGCUAGCCCCAACUACAACAAAUACUCCUACGACAGCAAAUACUACUACUUCAACGCCAGCCCCAACUACAACAAAUACUACUACUACUACUACAACGCCAGCCCCAAACACAACAAAUAAUACUACGACAGCAAAUAUUACUACUACAACGCUAGCCCCAACUACAACAAAUACUACUACUACUACAACGCCAGCCCCAACUACAACAAAUACUACUACUACAGCAAAUACUACUACUAUAACGCCAGCCCCAACUACAACAAAUACUACUACUACUACAACGCCAGCCCCAACUACAACAAAUACUACUACUACGACAAAUACUACUACUACACCGCCAGCCCCAACUACAACAAAUACUAGUACUCCUACGGAAAAUACUACUACUACAACUCACACCCCAACAAAUGAAAUUUUGAGAUUCUUUCAAUGA